GACGCUGGCCCGCCCCCUGUGCUGCUAGUCUGCGCCGGGCGGCCGCGGAGCCCGGAACAUGGCGACUGCGACGCGCAGCUUCGGGCCCGAACGGGAGGUCGAGCCGGCCAAGGAGGCGCGCGUCGUGGGCUCUGAGCUCGUGGACACGUAUACGGUUUACAUUAUUCAGGUCACUGAUGGCAACCAUGAAUGGACAGUCAAGCACCGCUACAGCGACUUCCAUGACCUGCAUGAAAAGCUUGUUGCAGAGAGGAAGAUUGAUAAAAAUCUGCUCCCACCCAAAAAGAUAAUUGGGAAAAACUCAAGAAGCUUGGUGGAAAAGAGGGAGAAGGAUUUGGAGGUCUACCUCCAGACACUCCUGGCCACCUUUCCUGGCGUGGCCCCCAGAGUACUGGCCCACUUCUUGCAUUUUCAGUUUUAUGAGAUAAAUGGCAUCACUGCUGCACUGGCUGAGGAGCUCUUUGAAAAAGGAGAACAGCUCCUGGGGGCCGGUGAGGUCUUUGCCAUCAGGCCCCUGCAGCUCUAUGCGAUCACCGAGCAGCUGCAGCAGGGAAAGCCCACGUGUGCCAGCGGGGAUGCCAAGACUGACCUCGGGCACAUCCUGGAUUUCACCUGUCGCCUUAAGUACCUUAAGGUUUCUGGCACAGAAGGACCUUUUGGAACCAGCAACAUUCAAGAGCAGCUCCUGCCUUUUGAUCUCUCAAUAUUCAAAUCUCUACAUCAGGUGGAGAUAAGCCACUGUGAUGCCAAGCACAUCCGGGGGUUGGUCGCGUCAAAGCUCACCUUAGCCACAAUGAGUGUCCGCUUCUCAGCAACUUCAAUGAAGGAAGUCCUCGUUCCUGAAGCCUCGGAAUUUGAUGAGUGGGAGCCAGAAGGCACAGCCCUGGAAGGCCCCGUGACUGCCAUCAUCCCCACAUGGCAAGCACUGACCACUCUAGACCUGAGCCACAACAGCAUCUCCACGAUCGACGAGUCUGUGAAACUGAUUCCAAAGCUUGAAUUCCUGGACCUGAGUCACAAUGGAGUGCUAGUUGUGGACAACCUGCAGCACCUGUACAACCUCGUGCACCUGGACCUGUCCUACAACAGGCUGUCCUCCUUGGAAGGGGUUCACACCAAACUGGGGAACAUCAAGACUCUGAACCUGGCGGGCAACCUCCUGGAGAGUCUGAGUGGCCUGCACAAGCUAUACUCCUUGGUCAACCUGGAUCUCAGCAACAACAGAAUCGAACAGAUGGAGGAGAUCAGGAGCAUAGGCAGCCUCCCAUGUCUGGAGCACGUGGCCCUGCUGAACAACCCUCUGAGCAUCAUCCCUGACUAUCGGACCAAAGUGCUGGCUCAGUUUGGAGAGAGAACCUCUGAGGUCUGUCUGGACAACACAGUGACCACAGAAAAGGAGCUGGACACUGUAGAAGUGCUAAAGGCAAUUCAGAAAGCCAAGGAGGUCAAGUCCAAGCUGAGCCACCCUGAGAAGAAGGUUGGUGAGGAUUGCCGGCUCUCAGCUGCCCCCUGCAUCAGACCCAGCAGCUCCCCUCCCACCGUGGCUCCCACCUCCGCCUCCCUGCCCCAGCCCAUCCUCUCCAACCAAGGAAUCAUGUUUGUGCAAGAGGAGGCCCUGGCCAGCAGCCUCUCGUCCACCGACAGUCUUACUCCCGAGGACCGGCCCAUUGCUCGGGGAUGCUCUGAUUCCUUGGAGUCCAUCCCUGCGGGACAGGCACCUUCUGAUGAUUUAAGGGACAUACCUGGAGCUGUCGGUGGUGCAAGCCCAGAGCAUUCGGAGCCAGAGGUCCAAGUGGUGCCUGGGUCUGGCCAAAUCAUCUUCCUGCCCUUCACCUGCAUUGGCUACACAGCCACCAACCAGGACUUCAUCCAGCGCCUCAGCACACUCAUCCGGCAGGCCAUCGAGCGGCAGCUGCCUGCCUGGAUUGAGGCAGCCAACCAGCAGGAGGAGGGCCAGGGAGAGCAAGGCGAGGAUGACGACGACGAGGACGAGAAUGUUGCUGAGAACCGAUACUUUGAAAUGGGGCCUCCGGACAUGGAGGAAGAGGAGGAGGGAGGCCAGGGAGAGGAGGAGGAGGAGGAGGAGGGUGAGGAGGAGCGCCUGGCCCUGGAGUGGGCCCUGGGUGCAGACGAGGACUUCCUGCUGGAGCACAUCCGCAUCCUCAAGGUGCUCUGGUGUUUCCUGAUCCACGUGCAGGGCAGCAUCCGCCAGUUUGCUGCCUGCCUCGUGCUCACUGACUUUGGCAUCGCUGUUUUCGAGAUCCCACACCAGGAGUCACGGGGCAGCAGCCAGCACAUCCUCUCUUCCUUGCGCUUCGUCUUCUGCUUCCCACAUGGCGACCUCACUGAGUUCGGCUUUCUCAUGCCAGAGCUGUGUCUAGUGCUUAAGGUGCGGCACAGCGAGAACACGCUCUUCAUCAUCUCGGAUGCCGCCAGCCUGCACGAGUUCCACGCCGACUUGCGCUCCUGCUUCGCCCCGCAGCACAUGGCCAUGCUGUGCAGCCCUGUGCUCUAUGGCAGCCACACCAGCCUGCAGGAGUUCCUCCGCCAGCUGCUCACCUUCUACAAGGUGGCAGGUGGCUGCCAGGAGCACAGCCAAGGCUGCUUCCCUGUCUACCUGGUCUACAGCGACAAGCGCAUGGUGCAGACAGCUGCCGGGGACUACUCAGGCAACAUCGAGUGGGCCAGCUGCACACUCUGCUCAGCUGUGCGGCGCUCCUGCUGUGCACCUUCUGAGGCCGUCAAGUCCGCUGCCAUCCCCUACUGGCUGCUGCUCACGCCCCAGCACCUCAAUGUCAUCAAGGCUGACUUCAACCCCAUGCCUAACCGUGGGACCCACAACUGUCGCAACCGCAAUAGCUUCAAGCUCAGCCGCGUGCCGCUCUCCACUGUGCUGCUGGACCCUACGCGCAGCUGCACCCAGCCACGGGGUGCCUUUGCUGAUGGCCACGUGCUGGAGCUGCUUGUGGGGUACCGCUUUGUCACUGCCAUCUUUGUGCUGCCCCAUGAGAAGUUUCACUUCCUGCGCAUCUACAACCAGCUGCGAGCCUCGCUGCAGGACCUGAAGACUGUGGUCAUCGCCAAGACCCCUGCGACGGCGGGCCAGUCCCAGAGCCCCCUCGUGGAUGGCCAGCCAGCCGAGGACAGGGCCAGCAGGGACCAGCUGCCCCGGGAGGCCCCGGCAGACGUGCCAGUUCCGGCCCCGGUGGAGAUCCCAGCUCUGGCCCGGGCAGAGGCCUCAGCCCCGAAGGAGAACCUGGCGCAAGCUGAGGCCCCGUCCCAGUACCCAGGCGAGCACCUGAUCCAGUCCAUCUCCGAGGAGAAUCAGAUCCCCUCCCACCUGCCCGCCUGCACAUCGCUCCGGCACAUCGCCAGCCUGCGGGGGAGUGCCAUCGUCGAGUUCUUCCAUAGCAGCAUUGCCGAGGUGGAAAACGAGGAGUUGAGGCACCUCAUGUGGUCCUCGGUGGUGUUCUACCAGACCCCGGGGCUGGAGGUGACCGCCUGCAUGCUGCUGUCCACCAAGGCCGUGUACUUCGUGCUGCACGACGGCCUCCGCCGCUACUUCUCUGAGCCGCUGCAGGAUUUCUGGCAUCAGAAAAACACUGACUACAACAACAGUCCCUUCCACAUCUCCCAGUGCUUUGUUUUGAAGCUCAGUGACCUACAGACAGUCAACGUUGGGCUUUUUGACCAGUAUUUCCGGCUGACAGGCUCCUCCCCAAUGCAGGUGGUGACAUGCUUGACUCGGGACAGCUACCUGACACACUGCUUCCUUCAGCAUCUCAUGGCUGUGCUCUCCUCCCUGGAACGCACGCCCUCUCCUGAGCCUGUCGACAAGGAUUUCUACUCCGAGUUUGGGAACAAGACCACAGGGAAGAUGGAGAACUACGAGCUGAUCCACUCGAGCCAGGUCAAGUUCACCUACCCCAGCGAGGAGGAGAUUGGGGACCUGACCUUCAUCGUGGCCCAGAAGAUGGCUGACCCAGAGAAGGCACCGGCCCUCAGCAUCUUGCUGUAUGUGCAGGCCUUCCAGGUGGGCACGCCACUACCGGGGCGCUGCAGGGGCACGCUGUGCCCCAAAACACUCCUGCUCACCAGCACCGAGAUCUUCCUUCUGGACGAGGACUUUGUCCACUAUCCGCUUCCCGAGUUCGCCAAAGAGCCGCCACAGAGAGACCGGUACCAGCUGGAUGAUGGCCGCCGUGUCCGGGACCUGGACCGUGUGCUCAUGGGCUACCAGACCUACCCUCAGGCUCUCACUCUCGUCUUUGACGAUGUGCAAAGCCACGACCUCAUGGGCAGCGUCACUCUGGACCACUUCGGGGAGGUGCCGAUGGGCUCAGCCAGAGCCGACCAGGGCCGCGAGGUCCAGUGGCAGGUGUUUAUCCCCAGCGCUGAGAGCCGCGAGAAGCUCAUCUCUCUCUUGGCCCGCCAGUGGGAGGCCCUGUGCGGCCGGGAGCUGCCCGUUGAGCUCACUGGCUAGCCCAGGCCCAGCUGGCCGCUGCUGCCCUCCGUGUCCAGCCUGGCGUCCACUCAGUGUGGGGAAGCAGGCUUUCUUUGUUCUUUUAGAAAAGAUCUCCCUUUUGGUACCUUCAUUUGGUUGUCCUCCCACAGAAUGUGAACAUACGUGUUCAGUUGAUUCUAAUCUGGGAAUGAAGGUGCCGGCCCCUCCAGGGCCUCCUGUGCCAUCGGCCCUCCGUGGAUCUGUGGCCUGCCCCUGGGGGGGUGUGGCCAGGCCCAGCAGUGUCAUGUCUUCUGUCGUAGGACUGUUGUUAACAUGUGGCGUCAUGGGUCCUGUUGACUUAAAUGUCUUUUCCUGAAAUGUCAAGUCCAGCCUUGUCAGUGUGGAUGUUGUGGGCAUUCGCUGCUGGCCAUGCAGCUGGCAGCAGAGUGCACACUGGGUCCCACCCUGUGCAGUUUUCCAAAGUGGAGGCUUCUCCUGGUCCAGACAAGUGGGAGGGCCCCAUGGGCAGAGCCCUCGUCCUUGGGGCUGAGAGGGAUGGGCCAGGGCACCUACAGCUGCCAGCACCACGCGUGGCUCCUG